AUGCUAGACCUGCCCCCAAACUCAAAGCUGCACCGCACGAGAACCUCACUCUCCACCCCCUCGCUGCGAGUCCUCCCACCGCUCCCCCUCACUCUCAACCUCAUCCUCAAAAUCCUCAUCAUCCAAGAACCCCAACCUCCUCUUCCGAUUCUCAAACACCGCCCCCGUCCUCCCAAACACGACCCCCACAUCUUUCUUCCGCUUCUCCAAACCCUCCAGCUCCGCGUUCGCUUUCCGCUCGUCCAUCGUCAAAUGCAUGCCGUGAGGCCCACGUAUGGCUGCUGGCAGUAG